UCUCCGAAAUCCCAUGAAAGCAUAACUUAUUUUUCUUUUAUUUUCCUAUCUUUCACUUGCUUAUGCUUGCUCGCUGGCUAGCUAUCUCUCUGAAGUCCCAUGAAAGCCUAACUUAUUUUUCUUUUAUUUUCCUUUCACUUGCUUAUUCUUGCUCACUGGCUAGCUAGUUAUAGCUAUAUACCAUGAGCACUCUCUCUGAAGUCUACACAAAACAUCCUCUCAACCUCCAACAAAUCAUCCCUCUAGACUUUGAUUCCAUUGGUACUGUGCCUGAUUCUCAUGCUUGGCCUGACUCCGAUGGUUUUGUGUCCAAUGACCGGUUUUCGAUACCGACGAUUGAUCUCGAGGACUCUGAUGCAGCCAAGCUGAUAGGUCAUGCAUGUGAGAUAUGGGGUGCAUUCCAAGUCGUAAACCAUGGUAUUCCAUUGAAUUUAUUGGAUGAAGUUGAGUCAGAAGUUCGACGCCUCUUCUCUCUUCCUACUACACAAAAGCUUAAGGCCUUAAGGUCCCCCGGGGGAGCCACCGGAUACGGCUUAGCUCGGAUAUCGUCGUUCUUCAACAAGUUUAUGUGGCAUGAAGGGUUCACUAUCAUGGGUUCUCCUAUGGAUCAUGCCAAGGAACUUUGGCCCCAUGAGUAUCAGAAGUUUUGUGACGUAAUGGAAGAUUAUCAGAAGAAAAUGGAGGAGCUAGCCAGAACCUUAAUGCGUCAAAUUCUCAAGUACUUAGCCACAUCUGAAGAGGAAAUGAACUGGGUUGGUUCACUUGGAGGUGCCAGCACUGCUCUGCAGCUGAACUCCUAUCCAAUGUGUCCAGAUCCCCAUCGAGCCAUGGGUCUAGCCCCUCACACAGACACUUCCCUCUUCACCAUAUUGCACCAGAGAACCAGCGGUCUACAAAUAUUGAAAGAAGGAGUUGGAUGGGUUUCAGUACAUCCAGUCACCAGGGCACUUGUAGUGAACAUUGGUGAUCUCUUACACAUCCUUUCAAAUGCUAGGUUUCCUUGCGUUCUUCAUCGCGUGGUAAUGAAAGAACCUAAACAAAGGUUUUCUGUGGCUUUCUUCUAUUCCCCACCUGUUGAUUUCCAUCUCUAUCCACUGGCUUUGAGUUCUGGCCAAAUUCCUCUAUACCGUUCGGUGUCGGUAGCUGAAUAUGUUGGCAAGAAGGCCAAGAAUCUUGACAAAGCACUUUCUUCGAUUAGAAUUUAGUGGGAAGAAAUAAAAAGUGUCAUAUGUAUGAAAAAUAUUCACGCUUGUCCUUGAGGAAAGUAUGCAGUUUUUUUUUUUUUAAUUAAAGAAGGACCCAUGAAGGCUAGAUGGUUAAUUAUUGUAAAAUUGUAUGUUGGUCCUUUGUCUUAGAUUAUACAUGAUCUUAGCAGUGUUUAGACCAUUUCAGAAAUAUUAAGCUAAAACAGCACCAAUGUGAAAACAGGUAUUAUUAAGUAA